UCGAAAGACAUUAGUUAGACAUUAUAUAGCUCAUUGGAUGUAGGUAUGUUUCAUGCAUGUUUCGGUUGUAAAUGACUUGGUUCGGAACCCAGAAUUCCGGUUCCAGAAACAAAACUGAGCUAUGCAUACGACUGUAAAGAAUAAGUCUCGCAAUCAUGCAAUAUAGACUGGCUCAUCACUCGCAUCAUCGGAUGUUCCCCUCAGGCUGCCGCGGACACUUCCCUCCGUGAAUCUAUCGAGCGUCUAUGGCCAUAUCUCAUUUCUGUUACGCCACGAAAGACUAUGAGGCCUUCGGCCAGGUUUGUCGGCAGAACUUUUGGGUUCCAGGCUCCAGGCUGCUUCGAGUUUGCUUUGGGUUUCAAAUUUUAAUCAUCAGACCACAAAUCUGAUUCUCGUUCUUCCUUGCACCAAUUCAGUUGCCACAAAACAACCCAGUAGUCUAGUAGAAGCAUACUAACUAAAUCCUGCCACCAUGAGUGAAAACGAUCUUCCUUGGGAUGAUGAAGUGAGCGUAACGAGCUCUCACUAUCGCAACUCCACUACCUCCAAGGGUCAACAGGAAGCUUCUUCGUCCUACGAGAUUGCCAAACAGGAGUCGAGGCGCGUGUUCAAGCAAAAGGUCCUCGUCCUGUUGGUCUUGUUCCUCGCUGCCGUUGCUGUCAGUUUGACGGUCUUCUUCAUCACCCGAAACGCCGAGACCGAUGAGUUUGAGCAACACUUUCAUGGAGGAGCACACAAGCUUGUGGCAUCCUUCGAGUCGAUCAUUCAAGAGAAGAUUGGUUCCAUUGGAUCUUUGUGCCUGGCAUUUACCGCACGUGGAAUGAUGGAAGGCGGCGUCAAUGAAAGCACUACAACGAGCAGUCAAAACAAGUGGCCCUUUGUCACCAUGGAUUCCUUCCACGAACGAGCUGCAUCUGCGAGGAUCCUGUCAAAAGUCCUUCACAUGUCUGUCUUGCCACUCGUCACUGAAGAGAACCGAGAGGGAUGGGAGGAAUACUCGGUCAAGAAUGGAGAGUGGUAUGCGGAAGGCUUUGCCUACCAGAUGGAGCUGCUCGAGAAUGGAUUCUCCCUCCAAGGAACCGCUACAGAUGACAACGCCCGAGCACGACUUCUCCAAGACUACAGGAGACAGGUCUUGGCAACUCCCUUUCGCAGCAGGGAUCCCCGCCGCAGAUUGUCCAAUACCACUGCCCUGGCCGAAGAAGAAGUCGAGGAAGAACCCUUCACCUUGUUUCAGCCCAAGAUCUUCGAGUACACACCCUACUGGGAGAUUGGUCACCCGGCUGCCAACGAGACACCCUUCUUCCCGGUCUGGCAAUCUGCACCUGUGACAGCGCUGGACGGUAUCAACUUGAACGUUCGUUCCUUCCCCGAUGGCGAAGAGCGUCUGGACAUUGUCCUUGGCGGAGAGUUCGCACUCGGGGGCUUUCUUACUGCAGAGCCAGGGAACACGUCCAGUCCUGACUAUUCCACUGCCUGGUACUCGGAGCUCCUGAGUACUCAAGCGGGAAAGCCCGUCGACUACGGUGGUGAUCCACUCAUUGAUGGUUCCUAUCCCAUCUUUGCUAACUUCAACGACCAUAACGAGGUCGUGGGAGCCUUGAACUUUCAAUUCUCCUGGCAAACUUACUUCCAGGGAAUCUUGCCGGACAACGCCCGUGGUUUUGUCAUGGUCUUGGAGAACGCCUGCGAUGGAGCCUACACGUACGUUAUCAACGGAGCGGAAGUCUUUUUGGUUGGAAGUGGUGACAUGCACGACCCCGAGUUUGACGGGCACAAUGUUUCCACCUACUUGGCAGACAGCCUUGUCAUCCAUGACGGGUCUCGAACUGGAGUGAAGAUCAAUCAACGUGGUUGCCCUUACGCGGUCCACGUGUAUCCCUCACAAGCCAUGUUCAAGGAAUAUCAUACAAGCAUGCCAGUCGUCAUUACCAUCUGUAUCCUCUUCAUCUUUGUCUUCACUGCUGGAAUGUUCUUUAUCUAUGAUAGGCUCGUGGAACAAAGGCAGAGUAUUGUUGUGUCGACCGCCAAGGAAUCUUCUGCCAUUGUGCAAAGUCUCUUCCCGACCCUCGACCCUUCGGAGUUCUUGUCACCCAAUCAACGAGUCAAGUCGUAUCUCAGCGGAGGCUUUGACAAGAACGACGAAAGUGUCAAACCAAUUGCUGACCUGUUUCCGCACACAACUGUAAUGUUCGCAGAUCUGGCUGGCUUCACGGCUUGGAGCAGUACUCGCGACCCCAGUCAGGUCUUCACUCUCUUGCAGACUGUCUAUGGAGAGUUUGACUGCAUUGCAAAGCGUCGAAAAGUCUUCAAAGUUGAAACGAUCGGGGAUUGUUAUGUCGCCGUUGCGGGUUUGCCCAAUCCUCAGCCAAAUCACGCAGUGAUCAUGGCAAGAUUCUCAAACGAGUGCAGAAAGAAAUUGGAAGUUCUGGUCAGAAAGCUCGAACUUAAACUUGGGCCAGACACUACCGACCUGAGCAUGAGAUUUGGUUUGCAUUCGGGGGCUGUUACGGCCGGGGUGUUGCGAGGAGAACGUGCUAGGUUCCAGUUGUUUGGUGACACAGUCAACACUGCAUCUCGCAUGGAAAGCACAGGAAUGCGUUCUAUGAUCCAUGUCAGCCAUGCCACUGCCAACCUCCUUGUGGCAGCCAACAAAGGGCACUGGCUCGAGAGCCGCGAGGACGCAGUCAUGGCCAAGGGCAAAGGCGUACUGAACACUUUUUGGGUGUUUCCUGACCGAAACAAUAGUGACAAAACAACCAAGAGCACAAGUUUGGAGUUUGCUCAAUGUUCCAAACCACCUGUGGGCGACCCCGACGCAGCGCAAAAGGCUGAAAAGACUGAACGUCUGGUGCAAUGGAUGACUGAUCUGUUGCUGGAUCGCCUCAAGCAAAUUGUACUUCGUCGAAGAACCGUCCAAGGAACCAACCAUGGUGCAUCAUCCAGCGGUGCCAUCACCUACAACCCCAAUGACUGCCCUUUGAAGGAGGUUGUCGAAGCAAUCAAGCUUCCUGAGUUUGACUACAACUCGAUGUCGCAAGAGUCCCCAGAGGCGAUCGAUAUUCCCAGACAUGUGGCGGUCCAGCUACACGAGCAUGUCUCUGCCAUUGCCGCCAAGUACAAUGACAAUCCCUUCCACAACUUUGAGCACGCAUGCCAUGUGACAAUGGCAGUGAGCAAGCUUUUAGGCCGCGUUGUUAGUCCAGAUAUUGGGCUGGACGCCUUCAAGAAGGGAGAGGACGCUCACAGACGCGUCUUGUCUCACAUUCAUGACUAUACCCAUGGUAUCAAUUCUGACCCACUUACACUGUUUGGCAUUGUUUACUCCGCAAUGAUUCAUGACCUUGACCAUCACGGCGUUUCCAAUACCCAGUUGAUGAAGGAGGAUCCUUCGAUGGCUAAGAAGUACAAAGAGAAGAGUAUCGCUGAACAGCACUCACUCGACAUGGCUUGGAGCAUGCUCAUGGAUGACAGCAUGACAGGAUUAAGAGCCUACCUCUUUGGCAAUGACAAAUCAGAAGUACUGCGAUUCCGCCAGGUUGUCGUCAACAUCGUCCUCGCUACUGACAUCUUCGAUUCGGAGCUCAACAACUUACGAAAAUCUCGAUGGGCCAAAGCCUUCAGUGAAAGCCCUGCGACUUCCAACAACAAUGACAUGCGUGCAACUGUCGUUUUGGAGCACAUUAUGCAGGCAUCUGAUGUGAGCCACACAAUGCAACACUGGCAUAUUUAUCAAAAGUGGAAUCGCCGUCUCUUUUUGGAGCUGCAUUCCGCCUUCCAGCAAGGCCGCAUGGCGGCCAAUCCUAGCAAGUUCUGGUUCCAGGGCGAGCUUGGAUUCUUUGACAAUUACAUUAUUCCACUCGCUAGAAAGCUCAAGGAGUGUGGAGUCUUUGGUGUCUCCAGCGAUGAAUGCCUGACCUAUGCUCUCCAAAACAGAGCGGAGUGGGAAGCUCGCGGAAAAGAGAUUGUUCUGAAUCUCAUCGAAGAAGCCGAACAUUUGUCUGUCCAGGCCCCAGUGAAAUCUCCUGUGCAAACCACAUACUCUGCCUCCUCCUUCUCCUCCUUUUCCGUGUUAGACACUUCUGUUUCGGAUUCCUCUUGCUCAGAGGUUGCCCCUUCGUUGGACACUGACGUUGAAGUUUAGCCCUGCUUCCCACCUGAGCCAGCUCUAUUAGAGCUAGCUAGCUAGACAUUGUACAUAAGAUCGUAUCUGCUUUCUCU